AUGACUGAAAAAGAUACAGAGAAUAAGAACAGGGAGGAAUUAUCCUCAAUAACUGUUGUUAGACGCGUCAUAGUCUUUGUUAUUUUGCUGAUUAUCGUGUUUCUUGGUAUACCAUUAUGGAAAUCUACAACAACAAUUCAUAGGGCUGAAUUGCCCAUUGUUCAAGUAAAAGAGCAUUCAAUAAGCCUUCAAGAUCAGAUUCACUAUAAAAUACCUGUGUAUUUAGAUAUACCGAACUCAUUAGUAUGCUUCAUACCACAAGCCCAAGAAUUGCUUGAUAAGAAAAUAUAUAAUGAGUAUCCAGAACUAAAAGACUUUUGGGCUAUUGAAUUAAGGAAGAUUGAUGAUAACAUAGACGCUCAGGACGACUAUAUUGUUAAGUUUGAAUACCUUCCUUCACCCAAUAAUGAAGAAGAACAAGAUCCAACAGAAUCUUUUUUCAUAUCUCCAUUCAGUAAAGAGACAAGGAUCACAAUUACUGAUAAUGUGGUCAGACCUAAGAAGGUUGACGAAUUUUUGAGCAUCGUUUUAACAGAAUAUAUUUUUAAAGGAGAAAUUGAACAAAUGAGUGAUAUAGUAAGAGGAAAAAAUCAUGAUUCUAGAAAUUUAGUCAUGCCAUAUUCAUCUAAAUAUAACAUUGUCAUUUCGUUAUUAAGUGAAAAUGGAAGACCAAUAAAUUGGGAAAUAGAGAAGGCAUUAGGAUCAUUUGAAUUGAUUUUUUUCAAAUUGAACCAUUUCGCUAACUUUACAGUAACUUCUCAAAUUCAAUACUAUUCGACAUUGACUUACCCUCCAAACUAUGAUGAAAGCAAACAAGCAUUUAUAAUUCCCGAGUCAGGAUUAUCGACAUUUGUGAAUUUUGGUGACUGGAAUUUAAUUACUCACGAUAUAAAUCCAAGUAUUAAUUUCAUAUUAUACUUCCCAGAAGCUAACUAUAACUCCAAGCCCACUUUAAUUGAGAAUUCUAAAACGAAUUCGUUUUUAAUUCCACAAUGGGGUGGUGUAGUGAUAUUUAAUAAAGAUAUGAAAACAGAAGGAUCGGAUAUUAACGAGAAUGAAUUAUUACCCGUAAUGGAAACAUUUGCCUCACAACUUUUUCAAUUAUUGGGUAUGCCAUCUCAACCUAGAUCACCAAGUAUUAAGAUUGAUUCGUUAUCCAGGACCAUGACACAUAAAAAUUUAAAGCAGUCAUUGGAGAAUUUAGAAGCUUUAUUGACUUUAACGAAUUCAUUAAAUGAAAUAUCAAUUCCUGAGUUGACAAAAAUAUAUGUAGAAAAAUCCAUACAUUACUUAGAGGAAUCGAUUAAUGAAUUAAACAAUGGCAACUUUUAUUUAUCGAUGAAGUACAGUUCACAGAGUUUAGAAAACUCUGAUAGAGCAUUCUUUGAAAAAGAAAUGGUGCAGCAAGCAUAUUUUCCAAGUGAACAUAAGUUAGCAGUAUUCUUGCCAUUAUUGGGACCCCUUUGCUCAAUUGUAUCAAUUGGAGCUUUGAAAGUAAUAAAAGACAUAAAAGCUAAUAGAAACAAUAAGGUUAAGAAAGAGUAA